AUGUCGACUGAGAUGGGCGAAGAUGCCAGCACGCCUGAGAGAAUUGCGCGCGAAGAACAGGCAGCGCAGGAGGACUUCUUUGGGGCCGGCUGUGACAGCCCAACCAGUGUGCGAGAUGAAUGCCAAGAAGGCGCAUGCGAAGAUGAGCGCUGUGGGAGCCCAAUGGAUGCCAGCGCGCAGCAAGAAGUGAAUGGUCUGGGGGGUAGGGACAGUGAAGAGGAUUUUUUCCCUGCUACCCAACCCAAUGGAGAUAGCCCGGUGGCCAAAUGCGAGCGCCUCAACUACGAGUGCCGUUUGCCUUCAGCAGAUGACGAGCCUUUACCGGACCCAUUGGAGAGUAUCAGAGAGACCUUGCGUGCAGUGGCCACAACGGAGGCCCUGUCAGAAGUAUUGGAGCCCAAGGAUCUCUUCGCCAAUUGCCGGAACAUCCAUGAGCUUCAGACUACCAUCAUCAAAGCCUUGGAAGAAGUGUGCCAGGGGAAUCCUGAAAGUGUUGCUGAUGUUGCCAAUGAUCCCCGGUUCGAGCUGCACUUGCAGUUGCCCAAGCCCAUGUUCCAAGCAAUUCGGGUCAUCGGGAAAGCAGAAGGCUGGCCAUUAGAAGCUUUGUGUCAAGGGCUCAUGGCAGGUGUAGGCUGGCUGCACCAUGAAGGCACACGGAUUUCAAUCCAACGGGACGAAAACCAUGGCAGGACCACAGCCAUCCCUUCGUUCUUUGCCGCUCCUCCCAGCUGCCGCAAGACCUCCCUGCAUCAGUUUCUCACAGAUGAUUUGUUGGGAGCUCCUGGCAUUCCCAAGUAUGCCCAGGCCAAGGAAGCUUUCUCCAACAGCGGCACCUUGCGUGGUCAUCGAAACAACCUGUACAACUUCAGCAGGACAGGCUUGGCCACCAGUGAAGUCACGGAGACGUACCGAACGUCGAAAAGUGGCGACGGGAUUCCACCGAGCCAAUUCGCUCAAAAGAGCCACGUCAACAAGUGGUGCCACUCUGAGCCAGAUCGGUCGAUCACCGGCCAAGUGCGGGAUCAGCACGAUAUGUAUGCCUUCUACCAUUUGGUGUACGGGCAGAUAGGUCCGACCCUUGAAGUGCUCACAGGUUCUGCUUCUGCUGACCUCGGCUUCCAAAAGCGCUUCAAUGUUGUCUUCGAGACUCACGUAUGUCAGCAAUUUCCUCUGCAGAUGAAAGACCGCAGCAAGGAUCUGCUGCGGUCCCUGAUGCAAUGGCUGAAAGCUGAUGAGGAGAAGGAUGCUGGAGAGGUAGCCGGGGAUGCUCCCCAUGGUCCUGGACCCUGCCGCAUUGUGCUCAAUGCUUUCGCGCAGAAGUGGCUGCGCAAAGUCCUACAGGCCAUUGAAGAGUUCCAGGACAUGCAUCCCGACCUGCCUGCUGCUUGGCUCCAAAAGCUGUGUUAUGCAGAUACCGACGUGCUGCGUUGGGCCAAUGCGGUGAACAAGUGCCGCGCUUUCCUUGCAAGCUUGACCCGCAUCCAGCCCAACCCCUACGAGAACCUCAUCGAUGUCAUUGACGUCCAGUACGCUUUGCAUGCUUGGCUCAGGCAGCUCCAAUAUUUCCAGCUGCUCCAAAGUCCUGAGAUCAAAGGGGGAGCUGGUGGGGGAGCCGGGGAGCAGACCUUUCCAGAUGCCUGUCCUUCAGCCAAGCUAGAUGUGGAGGAGACCAUCAUGCGGUGGGUCAUGACUGAUGCAGGGGAUACGGCAACAGUGCAAACAUCAAAAGAACUGCGAGGCAAACUCAAGCACAAGCUGGCGAGAAUCAGUGGAUGGAAACGAAAGGACUCUCAGAAGCCAAGGGCAGUCGAGGAGAAGAACCAGCGAGGCCAGCCAGUGCAGAUGCUUCUGACUGCCGUCAACAAGCUCCAGCAUGUGAAGCUGAUCGAGUGGGCGGGCAGGCCCGGUGCCGACUGUUCAGGUGGUGGACAUGAGGUCUUGAAAUUCAAGAAGAGAUCUUGGUCUGAGAUUGCUCAAGACGCCACUGCUUGUGAGUGGGUCAAGAAGUUGCGGCUGGGUCAAGAAAAUUUCCCGUGA